GCACUGACUCCACCUCCCUCGCAAGUGCAGCCCACCCCUGUGUAACAUAAGCCCCCACCUCUUGUUGUCCCCACGGUAAUACCGAGAUGGAGACACAGAGAGACGCGUCCUGCGUGUGGACAGGAACAUUACAGAGGAAGAGCUGUUGAUUUCGAGCGCUGCAGAAUUCAGCUGCUGAUGAACUCAAUUCAAGGUCCAAAUUAAGGUCCAUUUCUCCCCUUUAUCUUUUGUUUCUUACCAGCACUGAUUUUUUUUAACCGCCACCCUGAAGUUCAUCGUUGUCAUUCUGGCCGCCGGGAUGGUGGCGUUUAUCGGAGCGGUUAUAUGCAUCAUCGCCGCGGUUCACAGCGGAUCUCCACCGGCAUCCGCGACCGCAGCGCAGCCCCUGGCUGACAACCAUUCCCUCUCACCGGACGCAACCGGGAAGGCGUUUUCCACCGGGUCCGUGGCCCGAGCAGGACCGCUGGACGCUCUUCACGGUACAGAUACGACCAGCAUGGAACGAGGGGGACCGGAGGCGCCAACCUUCUACGGUUUAAUGGGACUAGGGACCGGAGGCAGCGAACAGCAGGUCACUUACAACAGACUAAUCUGCACCCCUGUCCCCGCCGGUGAGUGCAACCCCAAAAACAAUCAGCAACAAGCGGACGACCCGUCGUUAUUCGCGGGAGAGGAUUGGGGGUACCUGCGCACCACCGCCGAGGAGCUCCGGCAGACCGUCCUGCAGCAGAAGGAUGAGAUCCUCACGGAUCAGAGAACCAUACGGGAGCUAACGGGAAAGCUCUCGGAAUGCGAGAGUGGCUUGAAGGGACGCAGUGUCCCGGAGCGGAGCGCGGGACUCGGGGACGCGCGGAAAGAGAAUAAGGAGCAGCUCAUGAUGCGGGACGAUGCGAGGACCUCAAAGCGGGCCACUCAUGCGAUGGAGGAGCUGGUGCAUGCCAUAACUCACAUGAAAGACCGCAUUGACAAACUGGAGUCUGAAAUGGCACCAGCAGUAUUCAAUCACACAGACGCAAGCUCACAGAAAGCAGCAGGUGCUGCUCGUACACCAAUGGCAGCUGCACAGAGACGAGUGGAGGAUCUGGAAGGAGAACUGAAGAGAAAGAUAAAACUGCUGGAGGAAGAGAGGAAAGCACUGCGGAAAGAGACACAGAAACAUCAAGAGCAUAUUGACUACGGACUGGACACUGUACACCAGAGGAUAAGCAGCCUGGAGAAAGGUCUUUCUGAUAACAAGUUUCCAGAGGGUUACAGGCUCUCGUUCCCUGUACGCAGCACUUCCAUGUAUGCCACUGUAAAGCAGGAAAUCCCAGCCCUCCAUGCUCUGACUGCCUGCAUGUGGAUCAAACCUGCAAAGAGCAUCUUGGGAACAGUAGUUUCUUAUGCUGUUUCUGACCAGAGCCACGAAUUUGUGCUUCAGCAGUUGGUUCAUGGACCAAUUGAGCUCAUCAUUAAUAAUGAGGUGGCGCCGUUACCUCUGAACUUAACAGUGGGCAGAUGGCAGCAUAUGUGUGUGAGCUGGAACCGGAGAGCUGGAGCAUGGUAUGCCUACUUAGGGGGCAAACUAAAGCUUGAAGGAAGUGACCUGGCAACCCGUCACAGCAUCCGACCGGGAGGAACUCUCAUCCUUGGCCAAGAACAGAGCUCAGUGGGCGGUCUUCAUUUCGAGGUGUCACGGGCUAUGGUGGGGGAGCUGUCUGAGUUUAACGUGUGGGACCGGCCACUUUCACACAUGGAGCUCUCUGCUCUUGCCCACUGCAGCACAGGGAUGCUGGGUAAUGUUGUCCCAUGGACCAGCCGCGAGGUGGAGGUUUUUGGAGGCGUCACCAAACAACCAGCCGAUCAUUGCGACCAUCGCUCCAGUGCCAGACAGUGAUGAGCUCCUGAGGGCUCGUUCAAGGGUUAGCGAGUCAUAUACAGGGUGUUCAGAGAUAGAAAAGAUUCACCAGAGAGCAAAACACCACACCAUGGUCAUGUUGAUUUCUUUAAGGCAGAGUUUUUUGUUAGAGGUAUUUGCUGAAACAUGCCUAACUAUCAUUACUGUUCAGGGUUAGUGAUUUAAACAAACCACUAACCCUAAGUGUUAAAUAAAUAGUGCAUAACUCAUCCCACACGAUCAAGAAUGUGCUACGAACAAGAAUGAUACCUGAAAUCAUGUGGCUAGUUGAGGAGAGCUGUGCUGUUAUUUUUCUAAACAUUCAAACCUGUGGUUUUCACUUGGCAGAUGAUAAAAUGGGACAAAUCAGCUAAAAAUGAAUGGUCAUCAUUUACUCACCCUCAUGUUGUUCCAAACCUGUAUGAAUUUCGUUUUUCAGUUGAACACAAUAGGAGAUAUUUCGAAAAAUGUCUGUAACCAAACAGUUGACAGUAGCCAUUGACUUCCAUAGUAUUGUUUUUCCAUACUAGAAGUUUUUUUUUUUCUUCCAUACUGGAAGUCAUUGGCUACCAGCAACUGUUUGAUUACCGACAUUAUUUCAUAUAUCUUCUUUUGUGUUCAACAGAAGAAAGAAACUCAUAUAGGUUGGGAACAACAUGAGGGUGAGUAAAUGGUGACAGAAUUAACAUUUUUGGAGGAAUUGUUCCUUUAAGUUGCGGUUACAUUUACCGUUGUUUAACUUUUUCUUUUUUCGUUUAUUUUAAGCAAAAUGUGCAGAUUUCGCAACAGGCUUAAAUUGGUCAUGUGGAUUUGCUGUGUUGACCAAAGAAAGCUGGUUUGAAAGUGACUGAGGUGGUCUUCAUGCUAUUUACAAUAGAUCUUUUUUGCCAGUGAAAGUUUGCCAUCAUUUUACUGACGUUAAUGUGACCCCACCUUUACUUAGACAAGCCACAUCUAGGGACCAGAAUAUCAUAUCCAGUAUCUCAGGCUCCUUUCCAACUAGCAAUGUCCAAACCACCGUAGCAAUAUAAUACAGACAUUCAGAACAGCUUAGCAAUCUCACAGCAAUGCCCUGACAACAAACUACGACACUUUUGCAUCAUAGGGGUGAGUUUUGCGUGGGAAAGUAUCACUCUGUUUACAUUAUUUACAUCUCAUUAGUAAUACUUUGUUGAACAUCUGAAUGGCAAACAUCAGUGUAAACGUUUGAUGUGGGAUAUUCAGGCUCA